GACCUGUUCUCCCAGAACUUAUCUGAGCAGUUUAACUGAACCAUCACCAAGAAAAUGGCUUUCCAAAUCUACAGCUUGUUUGUUCUGUCUAUCAUCAUGGUUUCUUUUGGACAUGUUGAAAAUAGAUUGCAUCUUCUUCAGCUUCAAAAUGAUAUAGACAAACUGAAAGCUGAUUUUAACUCGAGUCAUUCUGAUGUAGCUGAUGGUGGACCUAUUUUUACAGAGAAGCUAUCAGGCUGGACAGAGAGAAAUGAAAAAAGGAUCAUCCUGAGUCAGAUUAUUUCCAUGUACUUGAAAAUGCUUGAAAACACUGACAGGUCAAAGGCUCAUGUGAGGAACAUAUCUGAGGAACUCCAUACUCUGAAAGAAAGCCUUUCUGAUGGCUCAAAGAAGAUAGAAGAUCUCAAAGACCUGACAAAACUUCAGAUGAGUGACUUGAAAAUUCAGCGCAAGGCUGUGAAUGAGCUGUUCAGUGUCCUACAAAAACUGGGGGAUACCUCAAGUUCCCACAAAAGAAAAAGAAGGCAGUUUCAGAGGCUGUGCAAAUGCUAAUGCCAUCUUAUCUUUUGUACUGAGCUACUGCGCAAAUCUUGUUGUGACAAGAAUUUUUUUGUUUCAAUCUUUCUAUUGAUUUUUAUACAUUUAUUUAUUAAUAUUUAAGUGUCUUAAAUAAUUAUUUAUAAAGAAAUACUAAUCAAAGUAUUUAUACUCCCUAAUAUUAUGUAAGAGAUGACUUUGUCUUAAAAUCCUGUCUAUUUGUUAUAUGUUUGUUGACCUGAAAAUACAGAAUGAAGCAAUAUUUAUCCAGUUUCCAUCUGGAAAACUUCAAAUGACACGGUAUGGUACCCAGCUUUCCAUCUGGUGCUGUCUUGAGAGAGGGAUGUUAUAAGAUAAGUCUCAUCUAUUUGGCAUGGAGAUACAAGCACCAGUACAGGGAAGUUACUCUAUUCAGGAAAACAUAUUUAUGCCUGUUUACUACUAAACAUAUAUAAAUCCAAAUCAAGCAAGUAGACAUGCUUAAAGAUAAGCAAAUGUUGAAGCACAUUUCUGAAUUAGAGGAUUGAUGAUUAAUUGCUGGUUACUAUUAUUAUUACUAUUAUUAUUAUGCACUGAAGUUACCAGGAGGGCAGUCUACUUAAUAUCUCAAGAGAAUGUGACUAACUGUAUUGCACUGACUUAACUUAAACUCUCAGAUUUUUAAAAUUUCUGUUGGGUUUUUUUUGUACUGAACCAUUCAAAUGUGUGUGUUGUAAUUUUAUUUAUUUGGAGGUAAUAGUAUGGAAGUUUUUAUCUCGUGGACUAUAUUUUUGCACUGGAAUAUUAUUAAAAACUUCGGAUUUUUCAAUGGAGAC